UGUGGAAGAUAAUAGCCCUAUAAACAUUUGGAAGAUAUUCAUCAUACAUUUUGCUCAUCUCUUUGUACUCAUUUCCUCCAAAAUACGAGAAAAAUGAAACUCUUUCUUUUCCUUUCUUUCAGUGCUCUCAUGUUACUUGAAGCAUUCGGGAAUAGCCAUGAAACUGAUAAGCAAGCAUUACUCAUGUUCAAGUCUCAAGUUUCUGAGGAGAAAAAAGUUUUGCUGUCCUCAUGGAACAACUCGUUCCCUCUCUGCAGAUGGACGGGAGUUACAUGUGGCCGCAAACACAAGAGAGUUACUGGUUUAGACCUCGGAGGAUUCCAAUUGGGUGGAGUGAUAUCGCCAUAUAUUGGUAAUCUUUCGUUUCUCAUAUCACUUAAUUUCACUGAUAACUCAUUUGGUGAAACCAUCCCUCAAGAGCUGGGAAACUUAUUUAGACUUCAGCAUUUGGUUAUGGCAUUUAAUUUCCACAACGGAGGGAUUCCAGCAAGUCUGUUCAACUGUUCUAGAUUGUUAGAACUUGAUUUAUUUUCAAAUCAUCUUGGACAAGGUCUAUCUUCAGAACUAGGAUCAUUGAGGAAGCUUGUUUCUUUAGACCUUGGUAAAAACAAAUUGAAAGGAAAACUCCCUGUGUCUCUAGGAAACUUGACAUCCCUCAAAGGACUUUCCUUUUCAGAAAAUUAUCUGGAAGGAGAAAUUCCAGAUGGUAUAGCUAGAUUGAAUCAAAUGGUGGAACUUGGGUUAGCAUUAAACAAUUUCUCUGGUGUUUUUCCUCCUGCAAUUUACCAUUUUUCUUCACUUCAGUAUUUGAACAUGUUUGGUAACAAUUUCUCUGGGAACCUGAGGUCUGAUUUUGGUAAUUUGCUGCCAAACCUUCGAGAAUUGCUUAUAGGAAAUAAUUCUCUCACAGGAACCAUUCCAUCAACCCUUUCAAAUAUUUCAACUCUUCAAUAUUUGGCCAUGGAACUUAACAGCUUGACAGGGAGUAUUCCUCUGAGUUUUGCAAAACUACGAUAUUUGCAAACACUAGGCCUUAAUGGAAAUUCUUUGGGAAGUUAUUCAGCUGGAGAUAUUGAAUUUCUUGUUGCUUUGACUAAUUGCACCAAACUUCAAAGCUUAGAUGUGUCAUUCAAUAGGCUUGGGGGUGACUUGCCUGCCUCCAUUGCCAAUCUGUCAAUAAACCUCAGAGAGUUAUUUCUAGGAAGCAAUUCCAUAUCUGGAAGCAUUCCUCAUGACAUUGGGAAUCUCAAAAGCCUACAAUCAUUUUGGUUGCCCAAAAAUCUAUUGAAAGGACCAAUCCAAACCUCUUUUGGGAAACUUCCAAGAUUGCUGGAAUUAAGUGUCUCGACAAAUAGAAUGUCAGGAGAGAUACCAUAUUCUUUAGGCAACAUCACACGAUUAGAAAGACUAUCUUUGUCCAACAAUAGUUUUGAAGGAAUCAUUCCUCCAAGUCUUGGUAAAUGUAGCUAUUUGCUAUAUUUAGAUAUCGGGAAUAAUAAGUUGAAUGGUAUUAUACCUCAGGAGAUUAUGAAAAUUUCAACCCUUGUUUCCCUAAAAAUGUCAAAUAAUUUAUUGACUGGCUCUCUACCAGAAGAUGUUGGACAACUUGGAAAUAUUGGUAAUUUAUCUGUUGCUCAUAAUAAGCUGUCAGGGAAACUUCCAAAGACUUUAGGAAAGUGUCUCUCAAUGGAAAGACUUGAUUUGCAAGGAAAUUAUUUUCAUGGAAUCAUUCCAGAUAUAAGUGGAUUGGUGGGUAUUAUGGAGGUUGAUUUCUCAAGCAACAAUCUUUCCGGAAGAAUCCCUGAAUAUCUUGCAAACUUUAGCUUGUUGGAGUAUCUCAAUCUAUCAUUCAACAAUUUUGAGGGAAAUGUACCAACAGAAGGAAAGUUCAAAAAUGGCACUAUUGUCUCAGUAUCUGGAAACAAAAAUCUUUGUGGAGGCGCCUUGGUACUGCGACUACAGCCAUGUUUUACGCAACCACCAAGAAAUUCAAGAAAGAAACUUGUGAUUGGGGUAAGCAUAUGCAUAUCUUUGCUUUUGGUUUUGUUUAUAUCUUCAGUUUCUCUUUGUUGGUUAAAAAGAAGAAAGAAAAAAAGUAUCAAUGAAGCAACUACUUCAACCUUGGGGGCUUUUCAUGAAAUGAUAAGUUAUGGAGAUCUUCGAAAUGCGACAGAUGGCUUCUCUUCGAGUAAUUUGAUUGGGUCAGGCAGCUUUGGUACCGUGUUCAAAGCCAUUCUCUCUGCUGAGAACAAGGUUGCUGCAGUGAAAGUUCUAAACAUGCAGAGACGUGGAGCAAUGAGGAGUUUUAUGGCAGAAUGUGAAUCCUUGAAAGACAUUCGACAUCGUAAUCUUGUGAAGCUGUUGACAGCUUGUUCGAGUAUUGAUUUCCAGGGAAAUGAAUUCAGAGCUCUAGUUUAUGAGUACAUGCCAAAUGGAAGCUUGGAUAGGUGGCUGCACCCAAAAGAAUUUGAAGAGAUUUGUAGGCCCUCAAGAAAGUUGACACUUUUGGAAAGGCUUAACAUAGCGGUAAAUGUGGCUUCUGUUUUGGAGUAUCUUCAUCUUAAUUGCCAUGAAGCGAUUUCUCAUUGCGAUCUUAAACCAAGCAACGUUCUUCUAGACGAUGAUCUAACCGCCCAUGUUAGUGACUUUGGUCUUGCUCGGAUCCUUCUCAAAUUCGACCAAGAAACCUUCCUUAACCAACUUAGCUCGGCUGGAGUCAGAGGAAGCAUCGGAUAUGCAGCACCAGAAUAUGCGAUGGGAGGAGAGAUAUCAGUACAUGGUGAUGUGUAUAGUUUUGGGAUUCUCAUUUUCGAAAUGUUCAGUGGAAAACGACCAACCGAUGAGAUGUUUGGAGGAGACUUAACGCUCCGUAGCUGCAUCAGGUCUGCAUUACCAGAGCAAGUUUUGGAUGUGGCAGACGAAUUGGUUCUUCACAACGGCCUUAGAAUUGGCUUCCCUGCUGCUGAGUGCUUGACAAAUGUUUUAGAAGUGGGACUUGGGUGUUCUGAAGAGUCUCCAGCAAACCGAUUGGGAAUGAGUGAGGUUGUAAAAGAAUUAAUCUCAAUCAAGGAGAGGUUCUUCAAAACCAGAAGAGGAGCUAGAAGUUAAAGUGUGUCUUGUAUGCUUGCUCCUCUACAAACUUGAAAGACUUGUUGAUGUAUCAUAUUCUUCAUAAUAAUAUGCUUUGAAUGUUGUGAGCAUAAUGCUACGCUGUUAGCAGACAAAAUAUGAAUAUUGUUUUAGCAGUUUGGUUUUUGUAAUUUUGGAAUUUCAAUCGGUAAAACAUUGC